AUGGCCGAGCACAUCGAAGGUGUCACGGUCACGUGCGAGCAGCACCUGCACGUGCACUUGGAGGACAGGAGGGCGAAGUUUGACUGGCAGAUGUGUCUGCAGCAUGUGGCACUGCUCAAGCGAGAACCCGGAGUCACCUUCUACUUCUCGGGGAACGGGCUCUCCCGGGGCCUCCAGUACAUUCGGGGGGAGCACGUGGCCACCCUGUCCUCGUCCCCGCCCGCGGCACAGGUGGAGGUGUGCGUGGAGUGCUGCACGCUGGGCGUCUUCGAGCAGUGGGUGGUGUUCGACUUCGGCAGACGCCCCGUCCUCACGCAGAAGAUCAAGGUGGAGGUUGGCCGGCGGGAGAGCCCCCAGCAUGUCCCCAGCAGCAGGGAGAGCAGCCGCCCCGUCAACUUCGUACGAUGGGACAGAGGCAACCGGAUCAUCGUCCCCAGCAUGCCGAGGACCGGCGAAGACGUGGAUCUGCUGGCCAAGUACAAACCUCCCGCUCUGGCGCUCGACUACCAACGCGAGGGUGGCAGCACCAUCACCCGCCUCAACUAUCGCGAGAGGAUGCACAGCUUCCUCUUCCGCGAGGAAGAAGCCGAACAGGCUCUGAUUGCCAAACUCAACCUGCGGGUCCUCAUCUCGCUGACCCCCGUGCUGCAGAGCCUCUCCAUGGGGAUGAAGUUUGCCCUCGCUGGUGAGCUGUUUGCUGAAGUGCCUACCCCUUACAACCUCUCGCCGGACACAGACGAGGGGUAUCUGCUGAGCAGGUCUGUGCCCACUGCUUUCCUGGCACUUGACCCACCUGUAGACAAUCGAGUUUACGAGGUUAUUGUGGAGCAUAAAGCCACCACGGAGAAGACCAUCUGGCUACAGAUACCGAAGAGAUGUUGCUCGGAGCUGAACUUCAAGCCAAACACCUCCCACAAGGUGGAGAUCCAGUUCCAAAUCGACCAGCUGCUGUUCCGGCAGUGGCAUCAGGCUGUGGACCGCCUGCUGGAUGAGAAGCUGGUCCUACCAGAUGUUGCCAGUUGCUCUGUCCCCUACUCUCUUGGCUCACCACAGAAAGGGAAUAGCAAGCAGAAACUAGCCAUCUCCUUCAUCACAGGCCAGGCAACCACCAGCCGGCAGGUCCCACCUCUGCUCAUCUACGGGCCUUUCGGCACAGGGAAGACGUUCACCUUGGCCAUGGCCACCAUGGAGAUCCUCAGGCAGCCCAACACGCGGGUGCUGAUCUGCACGCACACUAACAGUGCUGCUGACAUCUACAUCCGGGAGUAUUUCCAUCACUUCGUGACCAACGGGCACCCGUGGGCUGUCCCCUUGAGGAUUAUAUCCACCGACCGCCCCAUCAGCAUGACGGACCCCAUCACGCAGAUGUACUGCUGCCUCUCGCCAGACCAGCGCUCCUUCCGACACCCCACGCGGGCGGAGAUCGACAGGCACCACGUCAUCAUCACCACCUCCAUGUUAUCCAAGAACCUGAAGGUCGCCCAAGGCUACUUCACCCACAUCAUGAUCGACGAGGCCGCUCAGAUGCUGGAGUGCGAAGCUUUAGUUCCGCUCUCCUAUGCCACGUUCCAGACUCGGAUUGUCCUCGCUGGGGACCACAUGCAGAUAACUCCAAAGCUGUUCUGUGUCGGGGAUGGACAAUCUGCUGACCACACCUUGUUAAACCGCCUCUUUCAGUUUUACCAGAAGGAGAGGCACGAGGUGGCCACGAAGAGCAGGAUCAUCUUCAAUGAGAAUUACCGUUCCACCGCAGGCAUAAUCGAGUUUGUCUCCAAGCACUUCUACGUCAGCAAAGGCAACGCUAUCCAAGCCAGUGGGAACAUCCCGCCCCAUCCCGAAAUCUACCCACUCAUGUUCUGCCACGUGUCUGGCACGGCCGAAAGGGACGUGUCCAUGAUAUCUUGGCACAAUGCCUCUGAGAUAAUACAAGUGAUUGAGAAAGUGAAGGAGAUCUUUCAGAGGUGGCCAGAUGAGUGGGGCAUCCGAGAUCUGAAGAGGAUAUGCGUGGUCUCCCAUGGGAUGCAGGUUUCUGCAACAAGACAAGAGCUGAGGAAGAAGCAGCUACAAGAUGUUGUGGUAGAAAACUAUGAAAACUUGCCAGGGCGGGAGUUCCGGGUCAUCAUCAUCAGCACGGUCCACACCAGCGAGAGUCUUCGCGUCUCGGCCUCCCACCACCUGGAGUGCUUCAACGAAGCCAGAGUGCUCAACACCAUCAUGACGCGGGCUCAGUCACUGGUUGUGGCGGUGGGGGACGCUGUGGCCUUGUGCUCCCACGGGCAGUGCAGCAAGGUGUGGAGGCGUUUCAUCCAGCAGUGCAUCGAGAAGGGGAGCGUCUUCCCGGAGGACCUGACGAUGGCCCAGAUCAAACAGGCUGCCUGCGACAAGGAGAGCUGGAGCAGGAGGAGCCCCGAGCAGGACGAGGAGGACAGCGACACAGAUUCCUGGAGCUCUGAGGGGGAGAGCAUGAAUCCCGACGACCCCAUCCUCCAGGAGCUCUUAGAUGAGAGCAAGAACGUGCUGGUGACGGUGUCCGAGGAAGGGCUGCUGAACGUGAAGUCUGAGGCUUCAAACCUGUGGGAGGACAGGCAGGAAUACGUCAGCUUCUCCACUCAGAUGAUGCAGCAGUAUCUGCACAUGCACCCCAAAAUGUACAAGAGAUGCGAGCUGGUCAAAGAAGGGUUUGACAGAGCUUCUGCCUUCACCCUCAACGACUCUCCUGCGAUGAGCAUUCAGAUCAAAGGCAGAGUUCACUGCGGGACGGCCUUCACCGGGGACGAGGUGCUCGUGGAAAUCCUGCAGAACAACACGGCUGACAGCGGCAGCCACCGGGGCAAGGUGGUGGGCAUCUUCAAGCGCGCCGAGAGAGAACGCACCUUCAUCUGCAUGAUGGACGAAUUCGAUCCCCGGGUGAUGAUACCCAUCGAUCCCACCGUCACCAAAAUAUUUGUCCCGGGGCUGAAAGAGAAACCCAACGUCAUUCCCAUCCGCAGGCUUGUCAACGGGAAGUACAGAGUGGUGAGCUGUGAGAAGAUCAGCCAGGAGACGAGGAGAUGCCAGUUCUUCUGCGUCCAGGUCAUCUCCUGGCGGGAGGGGUUUUACUACCCUUUGGGGAUAAUAACGGAGAUUCUGCACGCGGCGUUGACAUUGGAAGAAGGGUUAAAAAUCCUUGACUUGGAGUAUGGUUUGGAGAAGAAGUACCCAGCUGCUGUCACCAAGGAGUCGGCCAGAUACGCUUCCAGCAGCAAACUGAACCUCGCCAAGGAAAAUCUGAAGGACUGCCGGAGUUACCCGACUUUCACCGUGGACCCCCAAGGUGCCCGGGAUUUGGACGAUGCUAUCAGCGUUAGGGAUCUUGGGCGUCAGUACGAGAUCGGGAUCCACAUCGCAGACGUGGCCAGCGUCAUCCCCAAAGGCAGCGCCUUGGACCUGGAAGCGAAGAAGCGGGGUGUCACCUUCUAUGCUCCCAGCCAGGAGCCUCUCUGCAGCCAAGGUGUCUGGAGCCUCCUGCGGCAGAAAGACCGUCGGGUGAUCUCCUUGUUUGUCACUGUAGAAAAGGAGACUGGAAAGAUGUUAAACGGAAUCUUCACCCUCUCCGUGAUCUGCUCGGACAGGCAGCUGUCCUAUGAAGAGGCAGAGCUCUACAUCAAGGACCGCUACAGGGGGGCGGCGAGGGCCCUUCGUUUCGAUACCCUGGAGGACUGUAUCGCUGUGGCUUAUCACUUCUCCAGGAUCCAUCGCAAGGCUCGGCUGCAGGAGGACUGUUUCUAUGACCAGCUGGACGAGGGAUGCUCCCCAGGUAACAGGGGGUCCCAUCAAAUGAUAGAGGAGUUAAUGAUCAUGUUCAACAGUUUCGUGGCUGAGUUCCUCACUAACAAGGAGGACACGAGAAAUGUCACUCCUCUCCGGUGUCAGUGCGAGCCAAACCUUCAGCAGUUAACGCUCUUGAAAAACAAAUACAGCCACGUCCUUCCUUUGUCCAUCCACCUCAUGCACCACCUUGGAGAGGUGCCUCCUAGCCAACGCUGCUCUAAAAAUGUGGAGUUCAGUGUCCUGGCCCCCAUCUGGCAGCACCUGCAGUCAGCCGCUACUGUCCGCGACUUCCCCAAGAUGCUCGACCUUAUCGUAACCGAUGACAUCCACCCAAAGCUGGCCCCCAUGAACCUGGAGUUCAGGAGACUGCUCAGCCGCUCCUAUUUCAGUCGCUCCAACUCCACGUACCUGUCCAAAGUGGGCCAUUACUCCCUGCAUGUCGAUUCCUACACCUGGGCUUCCUCUCCCAUCCGCCGCUACGUGGAUGUCGUGCUCCAGCGGCACCUUCAUUCCGUGCUCUGCAAGAAGCCUGUCGCCUACUCCGCGGACGACAUUGAGUUUCUCUGCCACGACUUCAACAGGAAGAAUUCCCAGGCGACGACGUACGAGAGGAGAGCUCGCUGCUUGCAGAUGGCCAUGCAGCUGAAGGGCCAGGUCCUGCAGAAGAUCGCCUUCGUGGUGGAUAUCGAAGGGAUGAACAGGUAUUUUCAAGCCCUGUUCCCACUGAACAGAGAGAGCCUGCCGGAUCCCCAUAAAAUUAGCUACAGGUCUCUCCAGCUGAUAGAGCAGCCCAUGUUCAUCCAGCAGCGGAACAGCAUCAAGCUGACGUGGAAGAGGAGGGUGUACUCUGUGGAGACAGCGAAGGAGCACGGCCUGCGGGUAGGACCUCUCUGCGACCGCAGCAUCGCCCUCGUGGACACCCAGACUUGGCAAAACGUGCUGGCGGCCAUCAGGAGCGAAAAGUUUGAGGAGGCUGCCUCCCUCCUGCGGAAGAGUGAGAAGCUGUACCAGCGGCACCUGGGCUCAGUGAGGAGAAGCCCCUGCUCGCACUACAUGGAGCUCUCCUUGGAGCUGAGCGCCGGCAACGCGCUGCAGUUCCAGCUCACCACGGAUGUCUCGCGGGGCUUCCUGGUGCCUUUCGUGCAGCUGUGGUGCGUGACGCCGGGUUUUGACGUCUGCCUGCAGCACUCAGAGAAGCCUAUCGACUGCUUCUCUGUCUAUGCCACCCUGCCCUCCAAAGACAAGUACAAGCAUGCCACGGAGUACAGCAAGGUGUGGAUGCCGAUGAGCGCCAUGGAGUCUGCUUCGUGCGCGGUGGCCGAGAACGACUCGAUUGUCCUCCACGAUGUCAAGAUCAAGUGGGCACAGCAAAGGACAAGCAAAGGGCAGCUGCAAGGGAGCUUCACUCUCAAGAAGGCAUUUCUGGAUGAGUGCUCCAUCGAAGUGGACUUUAACCACUGUUACUUGUGCAUUCGCUUGGGUGGGCUGAAGCUCGGGAGCCCUCAAAGCGAUGAGGAUUGCCUCAGCCAAGGCCUCCAGAAUCUGACUUUCUUUAACAAAAGCAAGCCAGAAAGCAAACUGAUGGUUGAUCCGGAUACCUACACCUGGGUGGCUCACGGGAUCACCGAAGAGUUUGGCGACAGUGAGAAGCCGGACAGAACUGAUCAGUACACUAUGAACUUCUACAUCCACUACAUGUCCAUGGAGAACAUCCCUGUGGAAAUCUCGAAGGCCUCUGCCAGGUUCACGGUGGAGCUCAUACCAAAGAUGCUGCCAGAUGUACGGAAAGAAAAGGCAAUUUGGAAGCUCAAGUACGCCUCUGAUCUUGCUAAAAGCAUCGCCCUUGGCCAUGAACCUCCUAAAAAAGCGACAACGUCCAAAAUCCUGCAUCAAAAAUCCUUUGAUCUCCCUGGCAGCAGCAGGAAGCUUAACCACAGCCAGAGCCAGGCUAUUCUGAAUGCUCUGAGAAAACCCUUCACGCUCAUCCAAGGCCCACCAGGCACCGGUAAAACCGUUGUUGGAACUCAUAUUGUCUACUGGUUCCAUAAGCUGAACGAGGAGAGCCUUGAGAAGGAGGAAACGCCGUCCUCCGAAACAGAAAAUCCCAAGAGGAGAAAGUGCAUCUUGUACUGUGGCCCCUCCAACAAGUCUGUUGAUGUUGUUGCUGAGAUGCUGCUGAAGAUGAGGAACCUGAAACCACUGAGGGUUUACGGGGAGGCCAUUGAGACGAUGGAAUACCCGUACCCAGGGAGCAACCGGCAGCUCUCCCGCAAAGCCCUGCGGGAUGCAAAACCCAAGCGUGAGCUCAGCGAAAUCAUCCUGCAUCAUCGCAUCCGGCGGCCGCCCAACCCUUUUUACAAGGAGAUCUGUAACUUUGAUACUCGGAUGAGGAGAGGAGAGCAGAUAACAGAAGAAGAAACAAAGAGGUACAAAAGAACGUUGUCAGAUGCUCGUGCGCACGAGCUGGCAAAGCACGAUGUCAUCCUGUGCACGUGCUCCGCCGCGUCUGCCACCUCCCUGGAGCACCUCAACGUCAGGCAAAUAAUCAUCGAUGAGUGUGCCAUGUCCACGGAGCCCGAGACCCUCAUCCCCUUGGUCAGCCAUCGCCGUGCUGAGAAGGUUGUUUUGCUUGGGGAUCACAAACAGCUGCGACCGGUGGUCAACAAUGACUUCUGCAAGAGCCUGGGCAUGGAGACGUCUCUCUUUGAGCGCUACCGCAGUCAGGCAUGGAUGCUGGAUACGCAGUACCGCAUGCACAAAGGCAUUUGCGAGUUCCCAUCCCAGGAGUUUUACGAAAGGCGGCUGAAAACAUGCCCCGACCUUCUUCGUAAACCCAGCGUCUUCUACCACAAAGAUAAUGCCUGCUGCCCUAUCGUCUUCGGGCACGUGGAGGGGAAGGAGCAGAGCCUCGUGAUUUCGACCGAGGAAGGAAACGAGAACUCCAAAGCUAACCCAGAAGAAGCGGAGCAGGCGGUGAGGGUGGCGAAGCAGUUGACACUAGAUGGCACCAUCCGGCCGGAGAGCAUCGCCAUCCUGAGCCCCUACAAUGCCCAGGUGUCCGAGAUCAGCAAGGGCCUCCUGAAAGAAGGUGUCCGUGGGGUGACCGUCUGCACCAUCAUGAAGAGCCAAGGAAGUGAGUGGAGAUACGUGAUCCUGUCAACUGUGCGCUCCUGCCCCCGCUCGGAGAUCGAUCAGAAGCCCACGAAGAGCUGGCAGAAGUACCACCUGGGCUUCGUUACUGACCCAAACCAGGUCAACGUCGGCAUCACGCGAGCCCAGGAAGGACUCUGCAUUAUAGGGAACCGGUACCUCCUGGAGUGCAACCCCUUGUGGAGGAGGCUGCUGCAGCACUACAGGCAGCACCACUGCUACGCCACAGCCCAGGGCAUCUCUGUGAGGAAGACUCCAGCCCUCCGCCGGUGA